CGAACCCCAUGUAUGUAUUCCAUGGAUGAAAUAAGUAUAUUCUAUGUUUUUAUGUUUUCUUAUUGAAAUUUAAGUUUAGGGUUCCUUCGAUUUUCAUUGUUUGGUCUGAUAAUCAAUCUUCAAAUUUCGCUUUCCUAAAUGAUAAUCUUAGAUCUAGCUCCAUUUCUCAUUGCCGAUUUACACCUCACUCCAAUCUAUUCGAAUUUGUUUUGUAAACCCUUCCUUGUCGUUUGAUUCGUUGGUUUUAGUGAAUUGAGUAUCUGUUAAACCAACAGCGAUGAUUGUAUCUGGUGAUUGCGCCAAUAAUUAAGGUUCAAUCGGGCGUGCCCUUCAUAUGUUGUGAAAAUUAGCUGAAUAGUUUUUUUUCUUCGAUUUGUUUGUAAAAUUGGGUGUUAGGAGUGGAAGUGAAUCGGUAGUCAUGUUCUAUGGUUCGGUGGUAUGGGAUCCAUGGCUAAUUGUAGCUCAAAUUGUAUGCAUUCAGUGCUUGUACUAUCUGACGUUGGGAUUUUUCAUGGCUAUUCUUGUUGGAACUAGGGUUUCGAUGAUGAGCCUUGUUUACUUCUUUGAUUACGCUACGAUUAGCAUCUCCACAGUUACCGGCUGGUGUGUCAUCGCUUCUUUCAUCCUCAGCUCUGUAGCCGGGGCUGGUUUCUUGCUUUAUUUGAUUGAGAGAGCAAAGAAGUGCCUGGAUUUUUCUGCCACCCUUUACAUCAUCCAUCUAUUCAUAUGCAUCAUAUAUGGAGGUUGGCCUACAUCAAUUACAUGGUGGAUUGUCAAUGGCACUGGAUUGGCACUAAUGGCUUUGUUAGGAGAAUAUUUGUGUAUAAAACGUGAAUUGCGAGAAAUUCCCAUUUCAAGACUCCGAUCAAGAAGUGAAGAAGAUGAUGAUCCGGCUGUAUUAUUAGACAUUGAUUUGGAUUCCUUUAAUGAAGACUAAGAUGUUGUCAACUUUGGGUUUUUGAUACACUAUUUUCAUGGUAUUUUGAUAUUGGUUGUUGAAAAACUAAACUUUGGAUGUUUGAAAGUCUGGUAUUUUAGUUUUGGAUAUUUUUUGUAAUUUUUGAAAUAUUAUAAUUAUAAAAUUAUUUAUGAUGUAGAAACGACGUCAUCUGGUUUUUCCGACUGGUUUGGUUUUCAAAACAUUGCAUUUUGGCAGUCUUUAGAUAAUGUUAAAUAGGUUCGUUAGUCAGGCAUUGUAAUUUUGAAUGCUUCAUUUCAUGGGAUUUGGAUCAAUUUGCUUAAUAAUAUGACUAAUUAAUUUCUUU